GAGUUCAACCGCAGACGGAGUAAGACGUAUUUGGAUUGCUUUCGUAUCGCGAACUCAGUUAUUGUUUUCUCGUUCCGCUCGUACACAAAAGACUUUUUGACUAGUGAAGUUACCACAUUUGCAGUGCUGAGGGAGUUUUGGGAGAUGAGUGAGGACCCUGGAGGGGGAGUCCGGACAUUUGGCUCACGCUUUGAGCCGUUGUCCGGAGGUGACUCAACAGAAUUUACGGAAGUGACAUCACCGAAAAACAAGCCCGGCAAGUCAGGCAAGCGGAAGGACACGGUACCGAACCAGAAUCUGUACACCAAACAAAUCCGGAUGGACCAGUACAACGGACCACGUUUUCUGAUCCUCAAACGCACUGACCCUGGAAAGACAAUGGAACUCGAAAAUCCUUUCUUCAUUAAGAAAGCGAUGGACGCCAUCACGACAAACGUUCAAAUUAGCAGAUUGAAAGAUGGCGACCUGUUGCUGAAAACGGUUGACCGACAACAAGCAGCGAAGUUGUUGAAGCAAGAAAAGUUUGGCGGCACGAUGAACAUCAAAAUCACGGAACAUCCCAAACUGAACCUUUGCUCCGGAACCAUUUUCUGUCGAGAUCUGAUCAAGGUCUCUGAUGAACUCAUCCUCAGCGAACUCAAGGACCAGAAGGUAGUCAAGGUUGAUCGAAUGAAGAAAAAACUCGACAACGGACAGCUUAUCGAUACGGGAGUCUUUAUCCUCACGUUCGAUUUGUGCCACAUCCCUGACUCCAUUGAUGUUGGAUUCUACCCGUGCAAGGUCAAACAAUACAUCCCAUCCCCCCUCCGCUGCAUGAACUGUCUUAAGUACGGACACACCAAAAAUCGCUGUACUGGACCUCGGACCUGUGCCAAUUGUGGUACCCCAUACCAUGAUAACGCCCCGUGUCCAAAGCCGAAUUCCUGUCUACACUGUCAAGGACAACAUUCCGCUCUUGACCGAAAAUGUCCCAGAUACUUGGACGAAAUGGAAAUCCAAAAAAUUAGUGUGACUGAACGCCUUUCGCUGAACGAUGCCCGCAAGAAGAGAAGACAACAAGUACCCGAAGUCCCAGUCUUCACCAGCAGCUUUGCGCAGGUGGCCCGAGGUCUCCGAACAGCAACUGAUCCGAGCAGAAAUCUACAAUCAGCAGUCGCCCCAAAUCAACCCCGAACGCCGCAACCAGCCAAGCCUACGAAUACAAAGAACGACAACAAAUCAUCACCAACACCAACUGGACCAAACAACCGUGGACAACUAUCACCAAUGAACGAACUCAACAACGCAGACCAACAACCCAGCUGCUCCACUACGACGAACGAUGUGAACGCAUUGUUUGUCUCGCAGACCAGCAUGCCACCCGACUUUAUGAUGCACACACAAACGAUCGAAGGUACACUCCAGCCACAACAAUUACUCGCUCUCUCACAAACACCUCACAAUCUUAUGGAUUGUGACCAACAAAUUGACACCGACACUAACACUAUCAACAACACCAACACCAACACAAACACGAAUUCAGCAGAAUCUAACAACCUACUAACCAUUUCCCAAGCAAUUACUAACUCUAUUAACAUUCUCGAACAAGUAUCAGAAGAAGAAUUCUAAGCAAGCUUAUUAUUGUUUCUUGCCGUACCAUUUCCCACUAACAUCUAUUAAUACCCCCUAAACUCUCGUUUUAUGGCCUUUAACAUCUUACAAUGGAAUUGUAACGGGUUCUACAAUAACUUUGAAGAACUUAAACUAUUGGUACACGACUAUGCUCCUGGAGCGAUUAGUCUGCAAGAAACUCAUUUUGUGCACAGCAAAAAGCCUACACUCAAAAACUACAAAAUCUUCUACGCCCUUGACAACUACCACUUACGUGCCUCAGGAGGAGCCGCAGUAUGUGUUAAAGAACAGUACCAUCCUAAUGAAAUCGAUCUCGACACAGACCUCCAAGCAGUCGCAGUGCGUCUCUUUUACCCUAUAGAAUUUACUAUUUGCAGUCUGUAUCUUCCACCCAAUUUACAAACAUCUAAAGCAGAAAUAAGUAAUUUAAUCAAUCAGUUGCCAACACCUUUCCUGUUAACUGGGGAUUUCAAUGCGCAUAGUUUAACAUGGGGUUGUAACUCAACCAAUACAAAAGGAAACAUAAUUGAAACUAUUCUUAGUACUCUUGAUUUAAAUUUAUUAAAUACAGGUUCGUAUACUCAUUUUUCUCAAGCUCACAAUUCUUACUCAGCCAUUGAUCUUUCCCUGUGCAGUCCCAGUUUAAGUCCUCUCUUUGACUGGAAUGUACACCCAGAUUUAUGCAACAGUGACCAUUUUCCCAUUAUCUUAUCCUUUCUUUCAAAUCAAAAACCAAGGAAAAGAAGACCUCAAUGGAUAUCCAAGGCAGCGGAUUGGGAGUCUUUUCAGAAUCUUGUCUCGCUAAACUUAGAUAACAGCAAUUACAUUUCACCUACUGAUCGACUUGAGUCUUUAAAUUCUGUCAUUAUAAAAGCAGCGACAGAAUCAAUUCCUAGAACAUCUAAUACUAUCAAAAAAGCCAAGCCACCUUGGUGGAAUAAAGAAAUUGCAAUUGCAAUUAAAAAUCGGAAAAAAGCUCUUCGCACAUUCAACAAAAACAUUUGUGACGCAAAUAAAAUUGCGUACUCUUUUGCAAAAGCUAAAGCGCGACGCCUUAUCAGAUUAUCCAAAAAACUUUCAUGGCAAAAUUUUGUAUCUUCUAUUGAUCUUAGAACAGCACCUACACAAGUUUGGAGUCAAAUUAGAAAAAUUUCAGGUAAAUUUAAAAAUAAUACGAUUUGUUCACUGAAAGUUAACGAUAUUUUGAUUACAGACCCAUUAUUAAUUGCUGAAGAAUUAGGUAAAACGUUCGCUCAAAUUUCGAGUUCAGAAAAUUAUUCUCCAAAUUUUCUAACAUACAAACAACAUUGUGAAAACUUUGAUUUAAUAGAUUACGAAGAUAGUACCUCCUCUUUUCUAAAUAUUAAGUUUACUCUGAUCGAAUUAGAAUCUACUCUUUAUAGUUUUAAAGGUUCUUCACCAGGACCUGAUGAUAUAACUUAUCAAAUGCUUCAAAAUCUUCCAAUUGAUGGAAAACUAUAUCUUUUAAAAACUUACAAUGAACUAUUUUUUACUCAUACAUUUCCAUCCAUCUGGAAGGAAUCAAUUGUCAUUCCAAUCGAGAAAAGUAAUAAAAAUCCUCUACUUCCUUCCAAUAAACGACCAAUCUCAUUAACUUGUUGCCCUUGCAAGGCGAUGGAGAAAAUGAUAAAUCGUAGAUUAGUUUGGUAUCUUGAAUCAAUAAAUUUUUUCAGUUCUUGUCAGAAUGGUUUCCGUAAGUAUCGUAAUACAAUGGAUAAUCUUGUAUCUUUGGAAACGGCAAUUCAAGAUGCUUUUGCAUGCAAACAACAUCUUGUAGCAAUCUUUUUCGAUUUAGAAAAAGCUUAUGAUAUGACUUGGCAACAUAAUAUUAUUAAAACAUUGCAUGAUGUAGGAGUUAGAGGCAACAUACUUUAUUUUAUUAAAAACUUUAUGAGUAAGCGUAAAUUUAGAGUCUGCAUCGGUGAUUUAUUUUCGUCGUUUUAUGAUUUAGAAAACGGAGUUUUACAGGGCUCAGUACUCAGUGUUACAUUAUUUCUUGUUGGAAUUCGUUCCAUUCAUGAUGUUCUACCAUUAAAUAUGGAGCGACUGUCCUAUGCAGAUGAUUUUGUUGUUUAUAUGAGAAGUAGUUGUUUAAUAGAAAUAGAGACCGAAAUGCAAAUUUUUUUAGAUAAUCUUUCUACUUGGUGUGAUAAAACCGGUUUUAAAUUCUCUCCAACUAAAACCAAAAUGGUACAUUUUUGCAAAUUGAAAAGCUGCAACUCAGACCCUGAGCUUUUCCUUCAAACUCAAUCUAUAGAGGUAGUUGAAGAGCAUACAUUUCUAGGUAUCAUAUUUGAAAAAAAAUUAACUUGGGUUCAAUAUUUGAAACAUUUGAAAUCUAAAGCUUCUAAUGCAACAAAUAUAAUAAAAACUCUUAGUAGCACAUCUUGGGGAUCAGAUCGAAAAACUUUGUUGACUUUGCAUAAAACUCUUGUUUUAUCAAAAAUUGAUUACGGAUCCGUACUUUAUUCAACUGGCCGUAAAAAUUUAGUAGAUCAAUUGAACUCAGUGAACCAUCUAGGAGUUCGUCUUUCCACAGGAGCAUUCCGCUCAAGUCCGACAUGUAGUAUUCUUGCAGAAGCUGGUAUUAUGCCAUUAAAGUUCAGAAGAGAAAAUCAAGUUAUCCAACUUGGCUUAAGGAUUGCCUCAAUCGAAAAUCAUCCACUAAAAAAUUUUGACAAUGAUUCACGAAUUAAAUCUUCCAAAUCAUUUAAAUUUAGAUGUAACGUACUGUUAGAAAAAUAUGGUAUUAAUACUAUGAAUAUUUUUUAUCGUGGUUUUCAUUCUUUUCCACCAUGGUGCAUUUCAAAACCUAAAAUUGAUUAUACGCUUGGUAGUUUUAAAAAAUCUGCCCAUAAUGCUCACAUAUUUAGAGCUGAAUAUGUGAGGCUUUGUAAUUGUAAAUAUAAAAAUCAUUUUUUCAUAUACACCGACGGUUCAAAACAAAACGAUUUGACCGGACUUGCGUGUUAUAGC